AGUUAAUGCGCACAAUGGAUCACCCAAAUGUGGUGUCUCUAAAGCAUUGCUUUUUUUCAACUACUAGUAAAGAUGAGCUUUUUCUCAAUUUAGUAAUGGAGUAUGUCCCUGAGGCAAUGUAUCGGGUUCUAAAGCAUUAUAGGAACAUCAACCAGACGAUGCCACUGAUUUAUGUUAAACUGUACACCUACCAAAUUUUCAGAGGUCUAGCGUAUUUGCAUAAUGUUGCUGGAGUAUGCCAUAGAGACUUGAAGCCCCAAAACGUUUUGGUUGAUCCUCUUAGUCAACAAGUGAAGAUUUGUGAUUUUGGAAGUGCAAAAGUGCUAGUGAAGGGUGAAGCAAAUAUCUCGUACAUUUUGGAGGCUUGGAAGAAGAUUAGCAGUACAGCUUACAUGUCGACUCAAAAACUGUGGUUAUAG